UCCACCCCUGAAUGCAGUCUUAUUUUUUGAGCAACAAAUUUGGACCUGGGUGAUUUGGACGAUACCAAUACCAGCUGCACACCAUGUUCAAGAAGGUAAUUGAGUCAAAGUCACUGCAACGCUUGUCUGGAGCUGAUAGGAAGAAGCUUAAGCGCACUGUAAAAGAGCAUUUUCCACAAGCCUCAGAUGCUGAUAUUGAUGUCAUACUUCCUCCAAAGGCAGAGAUAACGGUUGCCAAGUUUCCAAACCGAGUCCAUGUAUAUGGAGUAGAAGGAGGUUUUCCAAUGAUUUUUGAUGUUGAUGGGCGAGGAAACGAAAUUUUCCCCACGGUUUAUGCACUCUGGAAAGUUCCUGGGUUGUUGCCUGCAUUUGUUCUCAAGGGUGGUGAAGUAUCCCGCUUUGUCAUUGGGGGCGCAGAUCUGAUGUUCCCUGGCAUUAGUAUACCUCCAGAAGGUCUACCUUCAUUCUCAGCAGGACAGCCAUGGGCUGUGAAAGUGCCGGGCAAUCCGGCACCAAUUGCAGUUGGGAUUACGACAAUGAGUAGUUCAGAAGCAUUAAAAGCUGGUUUGCGUGGCAAGGCUUUGCGGAUCACACAUUAUUAUCAUGACUCACUGUGGGAAUCAGCCGAAGGUCAUUAUGUGCCCAAUGCAGGCUUCUUGGAAGAUGUCGUGCUUGAGGAUCCUGCUUCAUCAUCAGUUUCCCAAGUAUCUGAUUCUCAUGAAGAGGCUGAUAAUGCUUCAACUGAUUUACAUGAUGAUGUUAAUAAUGGUGAGGAGGGAGAUCCAGUUGAUGUGCUGGAUGUCCAUUCUGAACAAGAUGUUAAUGCCUCAUUGCAGAGAGAGCUUAAGGAUGAAAUUUCUGUGGAAAUGGCUGUUGAUAUGAGUGGUUUGAAGGUAUUGUCGGAUGGUGUUUCUGUUCAAGAGCUAAAUGAGAAGGAUCACCAUACUCUAUCCAGUGAAGAAGUGGAUGCUUUAUUGGACAAAUGCCUUUUGCAGGCUCUGCACACAACCGUUAAAGAUAAAGACCUUCCCAUACCAGGAAGCACAUUAUGGGCAAGCCAUAUUUUGCCUUGCAGGCCCUCAGGCGUCACUCUGGAUAUCAAGAAAUCAUCACACAAAAAACUUUCGAAGUGGUUACAAUCUAAAUCAUCUGCUGGACUAAUUUCAGCAAAGGAAGAUAAGCACAAAAAAGAGGUUGUGUUAAUAGCAGUUAACCAUCGUCACCCAGAUUACAUGUCCUUCAGACCAGAGAAGCGUCAAACUGAGGGUGUUGGUCAGAGCAUUGAUACUGCAGCUGGUGAAAACCGCCAGUCCAGAUUGCAGCUUGAGGUGGUGGAGAUCUAUAAAUCAAGCACACACGUCAAUCCUAUAUUUGCGUCUGUUGGAGCUGACACUGGAAGAUUUUUCACCGCAACAGAAGCUGCUGAUAUUGUCUUCAGGUAUGUGGAGAAUGAGAACUUAGUCAAGCCAAUGAACAAGGCAACUGUGGUUCUGGAUGCAACUCUAUGUGAUGCCCUCUACAAGGGAACUGUAAAAAAGGGGUCGAGCUACCCUACGGAGAUUCAUAAGAAGGAUUUGGGGCCGGCAUUUCUAAGCCGAAUGCAAGUCCACCACAGAGUGACGAGAGGAAAUGACUCGGCUGUGCGAAAGGGUGCACUUAAAGCGGUUCAGAUAAUGACAGAGCGGCGGCAGGGCAACAAGAAGGUGACCAGAGUCUCGGGGCUGGAGUCGUUCUUGAUGGAUGCUGAGGCCUUGGCAUCUGAGCUGCAGAAGAAAUUCGCAUGCAGUACGACAGUGGCAGAGCUUCCAGGGAAGAAGGGCCAGCAUGAGGUUCUAGUUCAAGGUGGGGUAAUUGAAGACCUGGCAAGACACCUUGUAGAGCAAUAUGGCAUUCCAAAGAGAUACAUUGAAGUUCUUGACAAAACCAAGAAAUGAGAGGAAACAAAGCUGCCCACUUUAUUAUAGGUGUGGCCUGCCUGAUUGGUGGACCUGCUGUAUUCUUGGGCUGGGAAACGUUCCUUUUGGGGUCUGCCUGAUGAAGCACUGUAGAUUGACGGUAUACUUACUGUGGUGGUAGAAGGCGCGAUCAGCUUCGGCAGUCUCCUAGCAUUCUAAAACAUUGCUAUUAUGGAUUUUAUUUGGAGGUUAACGUGUGGUGCACAGGAUGUGACAGAGGUAGGGAGGGGACUCUUUUACUGGACGGUCCUAAGCUGAACCCUGUUUGUUUUGGCGAGCUCCACCGUAAAGUGGUGUAAUGUAUAGUAAAUGAGUAAUAAUAAUCAUUACAAAGGUAGUUACAAGUAAACAGGUUUUACUUC